UUUUUUCCACUUUUCUUACUCUCAAGAAGAAAAAGACAAACCCUAUUCUUCUGUUGCUUGCUCUCUACACGUAAUAAAAAUUGAAAGCCCAAAAAAGGAAACAUAUGGAUUUAUACAUCUAAUCGCAACCAAGAAGUUUAUCCACUUGCCUCGAUUACAGCAAAAAAAUAAAAAUAAAAAAAUUCAUCUUGUCCCUUUCAAAUUUUCUUGGAUUACAACUGGAGUAUAAUACUUUGUUUUCAAGAUCUUCGACAACCAACAAAAGGAAAAAAUGAUGACAAGACAUCAACAAGAUCAUCAGUCCAAGAUUUUGUACGAGUUAUCAGCUUUGGUUUUGAAUAUUAUCCGGUCACCUCCGACUCCGAUUGAUUUCUCCGAUGAGAUCCAACCCCGCCGCCGUCCUCCGUUGAGGAGUGAGCCGGUGAUGCAACAGAUUACGCCGGCUGGAUUUGCAUCUCUGCUUCUUGGGAUUUCUUUGUCUUUAAUGCUGUGUGGAUCGGUGACAUUUUUUAUUGGGUUUAUGUUGAUGCCUUGGGUUCUUGGAUUGGUUAUGUUACUUUACUUUGUUGGAAUGGUUUCGAGCCUUUCUAUGAUCGCACGAGCCAUUUUGUGUUAUGGUUCUGCUCCUUCUUCGCCCAGAAAAGAUGUCCUUUGUGAGAAUUCUGGUUAAUCCUCAAUUUUACAUUAAAUUGGGGGAUAAGCUUGUGAAGAAGCAAGCUAUCCCCGUCCCGACCGGCAGCUGCUAGCUUGCCCCAUCUCUCCUAAACUUCCCCCGGUGUUCGGCCCGAGCUGUAUGAGGCAGAAACUCGUGCCACGUACGGUUCGGAGGCCGAGCCCUUUGCAAGAAUUCUGGUUAAUCCUCAAUUUUACAUUAAAGAUUCAAUUUUUUCUUUGUCAGUUUAUUUUUUGGUAAUUUUGUUCUAUCUGUGGAAAUUCUCGCUUGGUUUUUUUAGUGCUCUAUCUGUUUUCAGCUGAGAAUGUUUGGUAGUGCUCAAAAUUCACUUUUUUUUUACGGUAUAUUUACUUUUAACAACAGCCAAAAUUGCCAUAUGACUUACUAUUGGUUAUCGGAGCAAUGGGAUGUAAUUUUUUGCUUCACCCCAGAAGAUUUUUAUUUUUUUGCUAUUUGUUUGGAUUCUGUGGAUUUUUCUUUUCUGAUUGGAAAUUCUACAUAUGAUUUUAAGAUUAACAAGAUUCUUUGAACUUAGUAUUUCUAAAUCUGGCAAAUUUGUUUAGUUUUCGUUGGUCUUUAUUUGGAUUUGUUAUUUUAUCAGUUGAAGAUAUGAAUGUCUGAAAUUGACCAAUUCAUUUGUUGUUUUCAAUUUCGGGAGAAAAGAAAAGUAAUUUUGUUAAUAAGUUCUAUGCUUUUAGUGUCAAUUUUGAGUUUAUGAUUGUUUUGUAAAGUAUGAUUAGUGAUUCUUUGAAUAAUCUGGUUAGUUGUCGCUUAUCAGAACCCCAUUGUUCAACUUCUUUUAGGGACUUCUAGUUUGUUUAUAUUCGUCUUUGUUUAUUGCUGUCUUCCUUCCUGAUGCAGCACGAAACGUCUACAAGUCUACUGAAGGAAAAUAUUUGAAAGUAGAAUUUGAGUUU